UUUUACUAGAUCAGUACGAGCUGUAGACGGGCACCGUGUUCUUCCUUAAUCGUGUUCCUCGUUUGCUUUCGCUUUCAAAUAGCUCUCUUUUGCUUCAAGAAUCAAAUUCGAGUAUCCUAACGCUCGUUGUUUCUUCAUUUCGUGUCAUUUAUUUCUAUUAUAUUUUUUUGUCAAUACUUAAAGAGCACCGGUAAAAAAGAAAGGUGAUAAAUUGGGAAGAAAAUGCAAGUGUACAGUGAAGAUCCUGGAUCACCCUGUGUUUCUCGUGAUAAACUACUAAACGAGAAGAAUUCUUUAACUCUUCGGGAACUCAUAGAUGGUUUACACGAAGCUUUUGAAACUGACUACGUGAAUAUAGACAGGGUUCAAUAUCUAAUGGCCUCGUACAGAAGCAACUCCGCAGAAUGGAAAAAAUACGCAAAAUUUGACAGAUACAGGUAUACAAGAAAUUUAGUCGAUGAAGGAAAUGGAAGGUUCAAUCUAAUGAUUCUAUGUUGGGGAGAAGGUCAUGGUUCAGCAAUACAUGAUCAUGCGAAUGCACAUUGCGUAAUGAAAAUUCUCCAAGGUGAACUCUUUGAGACACGGUACGCGUGGCCUACACAGCGUGAGAAACCAGAAGAGCUACAAGAAUUGGAAAAAAAUACCCUCGGUCUUAAUCAGAUAUGUUAUAUCAAUGAUUCUUUAGGACUUCAUCGAGUUGAAAAUCCAAGUACCGUGAAUCCUGCUAUUUCUUUACACUUGUAUUCACCACCGUUCUCUUCCUGUUCCGUCUUCAAUAAGCAAACUGGACAAAAAAGCUCGUGUAAAGUUACAUUUUGGUCGAAAUACGGAGAUAAGCGAAACCGCGAAAUCCAAGACGCUAGGUGCCCUGAGGAUAACUAAUAUAUCAAAAGUGAAGUUGAUACCAGCGAUAAUCAUUUGAAUAAUUAUUCUAAGUUAAACAAAAUAAAGAGAUAGUAUAUGCAUUUUUAAAUACU